GAGGGCACAGCACCUCAGCAAAACAACAACAACAAGGAGCAAGUGGAUAAGGUUGCGGCAUUGAGGAACGUCGGCUAACCAGAGGCAACAUUAUCAAUACCUUAUCCCCGACUGUCGUUAUCUUUACUGAUGUUACACUUGUAGAUGGUGCCGAGCCCAUGAACCUGGCCAGUCAGAGCGGAGAGGCUGGCUGCAGCCAGCUUCUCUUCGCCAAUUUCAACCAGGACAACACGUCUUUAGCAGUUGGUACCAAGUCUGGCUACAAAUUUUUCUCCUUGUCUUCAGUUGAUAAAUUAGAACAAAUUUAUGAAUGCACUGAAACUGAAGAUGUGUGCAUUGUGGAAAGGCUGUUCUCCAGCAGUCUCGUUGCCAUUGUUAGCCUUAAAGCACCCAGGAAGCUGAAAGUCUGUCACUUUAAGAAAGGGACAGAGAUCUGUAACUACAGCUACUCCAACACUAUUCUUGCUGUGAAACUCAACAGACAGAGGUUAAUUGUAUGCCUGGAGGAGUCACUUUAUAUCCACAAUAUCAGAGACAUGAAGGUGCUACACACCAUUAGGGACACUCCUCCCAACCCCUCAGGACUAUGUGCGCUUUCAAUUAGUAAUGACAAUUGCUAUCUGGCAUACCCUGGGAGUGCAACGAUAGGAGAGGUCCAAGUUUUUGACACGAUCAAUCUGCGUGCUGCUAACAUGAUUCCAGCCCACGACAGCCCAUUAGCAGCCCUGGCAUUCGAUGCAAGCGGCACUAAACUUGCCACAGCCUCAGAGAAGGGGACUGUGAUUCGAGUAUUCACCAUUCCAGAAGGACAGAAGCUCUUUGAGUUCAGGAGGGGAGUGAAGCGAUGUGUCAGCAUCUGUUCUCUUGCAUUCAGUAUGGAAGGACUGUACCUGUCUGCAUCCAGUAAUACUGAGACGGUUCACAUCUUCAAGCUGGAAAUACCAAAAGAAAAGCCACAGGAGGAUCCCACUACAUGGACUGGUUACUUUGGAAAAGUGCUGAUGGCGUCUAAAAGCUACUUACCAUCCCAAGUGACAGAAAUGUUCACCCAGGGCAGGGCCUUUGCCACAGUCAGACUGCCAUUUUCAGGGCACAAGAACGUCUGCGCUCUCGCCACAAUCCAGAAGAUCCCUCGCCUUCUCGUGGCAGCAGCAGAUGGAUAUCUGUACCUGUACAACCUGGACCCACAAGAGGGGGGAGAGUGCACACUAAUGAAGCAACACAUGUUGGAUGGCAGUGUGGAUCCACCCAGUGAAAUUGUGGAGCAGACAAACCAUGACCGUCCACUUGUGGCACAAACCUACGGUGCCGCUGUGGCCAAAGGUUUGUCUGAGGAUCAGGGUGCGGGUGGAGGCGUGAGCGUGGAGGAUGACGUGAGCUCUCUGCGUCUGGAGGAGGAAAAUGAGCAGCCCCCCAUGAUACUGCAGACAGACUGAGUUGCAGCCGGGUUUCCUGUGGAGAGGAAAUGGACAACUGUGUGACAUUGCACAAGGGGAAUUCUCCCGCGGUGCUGCUAUAAACUUGUAACGAAGUGGAAGAGACAUUCAGUGAAUGGAAGUUUUAAUAAGCCGAGCUGUAACCCAAUCUUGUCCAUAUUUAUAAAUUAUAUAUCUAAAAUGUUUUUUUUUCUUUCCAGUGGCUUUUAAAUCUUGCAAAAUAUAUGCCUAUCUGUAUCCUUUGUUGCAUAAAAUAGAAGAAAAUGAUGCUGCUUAUAAGUAAGUCUCCUAGCUUAGCAUGCAUACGUGCCAAGUACAGAAUAGCUAGAAACUGAUUUAUUUGCAUAUAUGUGGAUGGUUCCGAUGUGUACAGUGAGCCUUUCUCUUCAGUGAUGUCAGGAGUCCAAUGUGUAAAUUUGACUGGAAAAUCCCACUGAAAAUCCAGUGUGGCUGCAGCGCAAUGGUAAAUUUCAGGCAAAUGCUUCAGGCGAAUGCUCAGAUAGGAAAUAACUUCUUAAACGUAUGUGGAUAUCAUUCAGAGAGAAGUGGGGUAGAUGUGUCAACCACGAGAAGCAGAAAGACCAGGCACGGUGCCACUGAGCCCGGAGAAGACCACUUCUGAUGUGCAGUUCCAUACUGCCCUCCUCGGUCUGAGGAAACCUCACAUCCCUCUGUUCUUUUACACAGCAGUAAAUGUCACUGACUUACUGCACCCCUUACAUGACUCAUCUUGGAGAAAUGGCUUCAGACUGCAGUCUGGAAAGAUAAUCACCAGGCAUCUGCCUUUCUUUAGUUUCAUAUUCUGUUUGUGAUGUUAAUAUUGCAGGUGUUAGGUGACUUAGUGGUUGAACUGCUUAGAAUGGUGACUACAAUUUAGAGGGCUAUGAUUAUGGAAAUCAGAGAUGCAGGUACAGGCCUGCC